UUGACCACCACUUCGCAUAAAUUGCAAGUCGCAGAACUAUAAUGGACACAAUUGCUACGUAGGAAAGAUCAUUGGAUCCCACAGCGAGAAUGUAUUGUCAAUAUCACGUGAUCUGUUAUCGAUAGCGAGAUUCCACGCGACGGAGCUGUCUGCGCGAUCCCUUCGGUUGUCGAAUUGAGGACGCAGGUGUCGAUAUGGGGCAAUGGAUGCAAGUCGAACUGUCUUCGAACUGAAAUCAGCAUUUAUCAGGGCGCAGGUGCGGAUUCUGUCAGAGAGCCUUGAGCCACCGGAAGAUUGGAGAAUCUACGCGACUGAGUCGGAGGAGGAUGAGUUGAGUGAUAAGGCGGUUCAGGAUGCGCUGCAGAAAUUAAACGGAGCCUUGAAACAGCACAAUCGCAUCAUCUACUCCUCUCAAGCAAUUCAACAUGUCGCGCAACAAAUCACAAGCCUUUACUGGUCAUUAGUUAGUCAGGCCACACACACUGUUGGAUUUUCCGACAAGCGGUUGGAGACUACAGUAGAUUUGUGCAGUCACCUCAACAUUACUCAAUUGCCCGCGGAAUUAGAGGACCAACAUGCAAGUGAGGAGGAGCGGUUAAGGUAUCAGGAGCUACGAGAACGGCUUAUGCGCCUAGACAUUGAGCGACAGCAACGACAACGGCGCCUUGACCAGUUGAGGCGGUUACAGAAAUUACUGGAACCUUUCACCGAGCCUCAGAACAAUAUCCAGCCCAACCUUGUCACGAGAGACGGUGAGCUUGUUCAAGAGUUGGAAAAAAUGCGAAUGCUUGUUGCCCGCGUCGGCGGCCGGAUCGAGCAGAGUAAGGAGAGGAACACCUCUUCGGAAAGAAGCCCGCCUUAUGCAUUAGGAGCAGAUGAGAAGCUUGCAGCGCUUCUCGACAUGACAUGAGCAGACCUGAACUCAAACUAGGCAGAGGUCAGAUACGAAGACACCAAGAAAUCGGCCGAGACGGAGACUAUCUGUUAUUCCGAAGUAAGGCAGAAGACAUUCAAAGCUUAGUACUCUGUAGUUUGUAUCAUAUUCCCGGUAGAAAAUGACUGAUGCGAUUGCUAUUUUUAUGUCAUUAAAGGGUUGCAAGGGGGUUUGAAGGGAAACCUGGGGCAGAUUGACUGCAGCGGCACGGCAAAUUCACAUACAGCAGGUGCCAGCGACAUAAUAAUGAAGAGAAAAUCAUGAAACUAAUGGACUACUUUCCUGCUAGUCACCAUUGUCACCUACUCCUACCUGUCGCAAUUUAUCG